AUGUCAGCUCCACCAUUCCGCUUCCUCGAUCUCCCGGCUGAGCUGCGCUGCAUGGUCUACGAAGCCAUCGAUGUAGCGACAAGAAAAGAAAAGUACAACCCCAUGAGAAAGUACGAGCCCCCCUACUUCCGCAUGAAACGAGAUGACGACUCUUCGAACGGCAAUGGUAAACUUGUCCUGUACCGACGCGUACUGCCGAUGUCAGUCCUGGCAACCUGUCGCCUCAUCAAUCAAGAAGCUUCACCUAUCAUUGCUCAGAAACUCCAGAAAAUGGUGAAGGAGCCAGUGCGUUUUCGCAUCGACUGGACAGCUGGCAAUUGGAUCCAGGAUAACUUGCACUACUGCCUCACCACUUCACCUGAAGAAGCGCUCGCUGGUGCUAGAUCUUCCGACGCCAUGUGGCAAUUCGUUUACACCUGCAGCUCGUAUCUUGUGGAAAUCGCUCGUUUACGCCCAGCCGACACUGUUUCUGCUGAUGUCGAAGUCACCGUUGCGACAUCCGGACUGGAUCAUCGCAGUAUGGGGUGGGAUCGGGAAUGCAUCUCAAAUUUCGUUGAGUGUCUCUGCCAGGGCUUCUGCAUUCGUUCAAUGGGACGUUCUGGCGUCGAUCUUCGUAUCGAUGCGAUAAUCAGCCCACAACCAGAGAAAGGUUUCCGGUUAGACAACUGGAGGAUCGUUGCAGGACAGCCUUCAAGUUACGGGAAUUACGUGGUCCACGAUGUGUCUAAGGGCGAAUGGGAAGAGCACGUACAGAUGUUGAAGAAACUCUGA